GAAAAGAUGGCAACCAUGCUGUUUCCACCGGGUCCCGACAGCUUGCACCGGUUCACUCGUGAAUCCUUGGCUGGCAUCGAACAGCGGAUCGCUGAGGAAGAGGCCAGGAAUGCCAAGGAGUACCAGGAGGACCUGGGAGACGUGGAGCUGCCCCAGCCCCGGGUCGACCUGGAGGCAGGCAAACAACUGCCCCGCAUCUUUGGAGACAUUCCGUCUGAACUGGUGGGGGUGCCGCUGGAGGACAUUGACCCAUUCUACUUCCAGAAUCAGAGAACUUUUAUAGUACUGAACAAAGGGAAGGCCAUCUUCCGAUUUAGUGCCACAUCUGCACUCUAUAUUUUUAGCCCUUUUCAUCCUGUUAGAAGAGCAUCAAUAAAGAUUUUAGUACACUCUUUAUUCAGUCUUUUCAUUAUGUGCACUAUUCUGACCAACUGCUGCUUCAUGGCCAUGUCUGAACCAGCGCAGUGGGCCAAGUAUGUCGAGUACACUUUCACUGGCAUUUACACGUUUGAGUCACUGAUAAAGAUCCUGGCAAGGGGCUUCUGCCUUGGGCCAUUCACGUUCCUGCGAGACCCCUGGAACUGGCUGGAUUUCAGCGUGAUAGUCAUGGCAUAUGUUACUGAGUUUGUGGACCUGGGCAAUGUCUCAGCAUUACGAACGUUCAGAGUCCUUCGAGCACUGAAAACUAUCUCGGUCAUCCCAGGCCUGAAGACCAUUGUAGGAGCGCUGAUCCAGUCAGUGAAGAAGCUGGCGGACGUGAUGAUUCUCACUGUGUUCUGCCUCAGUGUGUUCGCCCUGAUUGGCCUACAGCUCUUCAUGGGCAACCUGCGACAGAAGUGUGUCCGCAGCCCGUUCAGCUGCAUCAACAACACCAUCUCAAACUUCAGCAGUAACAGCACUUUCUUCUGCAACAACAGGUCCUGGGCUUCCAUUGAAGAGUUCAUCACAGACGAAGACAAUUACUUCAAGGUGGACGGAGAUAAGGACGCCUUAAUAUGUGGAAGUGGGAGCGAUGCCGGGAAAUGUCCUGAUGGGUUUGAAUGUAUGAAGACAGGGCGUAAUCCUAAUUACGGCUACACCAGCUUUGACACUUUCGGUUGGGCAUUUCUCUCACUCUUCAGACUCAUGACGCAGGAUUACUGGGAGAACCUAUAUCACCAGACUCUGCGCUCGGCAGGGAAGACAUACAUGGUCUUCUUCGUUGUGGUGAUCUUCCUGGGCUCCUUUUACCUGGUGAACUUGAUCCUAGCUGUGGUUGCCAUGGCCUAUGAGGAGCAGAACCAGGCCACCAUCGCAGAGGCCUUACAGAAGGAACAGGAGUUCCAGCUUGCCAUGGAACAACUCAAAAAGGAACAACAAGCUCAGGCUCAAAAAACCCGUGAGAAUGAAUCAGGGGUGACUCCUGAGGUGUCUCCCCUUCCUCCACAAGAUGACAAAGAGCACAAGGACAGGAGGAAAAGCCUGAGGGCCUUGUCGGAGCCGACGGAGAACGACAGCGAGGAGAACACACCAAAGCUCGACACCUUAGAGGGAGUGAAGCAAACCCAUGCACUGCUCGUCCGUACUCUGUCCUCACGCACCAGACGAGGAAGCCAGGUGAGCAUCUUCAACUUCCGUCCACGGAACAAAGACUCGGAGACGGACUUCGCUGACGAUGAGUACAGUGUUCAUGGGGAUUCGGACAGUCGGGCUGGGUCGCUGAUCCUUCCCUGGACCAGUGGACGUCGGUACAGCAAUCAAAGUACAGCCAGCCAUGGCUCACAGGUCUUCUUCACCAGUCGUAACAUCAACGGCAAGCUGUUUGUGGCCAUGGACCAGAACGGGAUCUCAGGCCAGGGAAACCUGACCCCUCUCCCACUACCUGCAUGCACUAUGGAGAAGGUCAAAGAGGAGAGUGGUCCAAACUCUACCAGUGAGCUGAGCAGCAUGCUCCUCCCGCAGCAAACCUCCCACGAGGGCAGAGACCGGGCUCUCAGCGCUGCCAGCUACAUCACUGAUGCCUUGGAGGAGUUGGAAGAGGCCCAUCAGAAGUGUCACCCUUGCUGGUACAGCUUUGCCCACAAGUAUCUGGUGUGGACGUGUUGCCCAGGCUGGUUAAAGGUGAAAGAAUGGGUGAAGUUCAUGGUGAAUGAUCCGUUCCUGGACCUGGCUAUCACCAUCUGCAUUGUUCUGAACACACUCUUUAUGGCUCUGGAGCACUACCCCAUGACAGAUGACUUCAACAGGAUGUUGUCUGUCGGAAACCUGGUUUUUACUGGGAUCUUUACUGCUGAGAUGGUCCUGAAGAUCAUUGCCCUGGAUCCGUAUUACUACUUUCAGCAGGGCUGGAACAUCUUCGACAGCCUUAUCGUUAGCCUGAGCCUAAUGGAACUGGGCCUCUCCAACGUGGAGGGUCUGUCUGUCCUGCGCUCCUUUCGACUGCUGAGAGUGUUCAAGCUUGCCAAAUCAUGGCCCACUCUGAACACCCUCAUCAAGAUCAUCGGGAACUCGGUGGGUGCCCUGGGUAACCUGACCUUGGUGUUGGCCAUCAUCGUCUUCAUCUUCGCUGUCGUGGGCAUGCAGCUUUUCGGCAAGAACUACGAGAUGUGUGUGUGCAAGAUCUCCAAGGAUUGUACUCUGCCUCGAUGGCACAUGAAGGACUUCUUUCACUCCUUCCUCAUCGUUUUCCGGGUGCUGUGUGGGGAAUGGAUCGAGACCAUGUGGGAUUGUAUGGAAGUGGCAGGACAACCGCUCUGCAUCCUGGUCUUCAUGCUGGUCAUGGUGAUUGGGAAUCUGGUGGUGUUAAACCUCUUCCUGGCCUUGCUCCUCAGCUCCUUCAGCGCCGACAACCUGUCUGCUCCCGAUGAUGAUGGUGAGAUGAACAACCUCCAGAUUGCCAUCGCCCGUAUCCAGCGGGGCAUGGUCUGGCUACGCCGGGCUCUCUGCGACUUCUUCAAUGGUAACUUCAAACGGCGGCGACAGAAGGCCAAGGAGGCCAAAGCCAUGCUGAAGCUGAAGAGACUCAGCCAGCAGGCGCACCGGGCCGAGGGAAACGGGAUGGUUGGCGUCAUUGGCCGAAACGGAGACAGGUGCACAACAACAACAGACAGCGAAAGCUACAUGACUAACCCUAAUCUGACCAUCAGCGUUCCCAUCGCUCCGGGUGAAUCGGACGUGGAGUUUCCUGAGGAAGAGGAGGAUGAAGAGGCUAGCGAAAGCUCAGAGGAAGAGGGGGAUGAUGAAGCCAAACCGAGAGACGACAUCAGCCUAUCAGAAGGCAGCACGGUUGACCUCAGGAAACCUGGUGAGGAAGAGGACGAGUACUCCGAGAUGGCUGAAGAGGCCAUGGACCCUGACAACUGCUUCCCUGAAGUGUGCGUGCGUCAUUUCCAGUGUUGUGACAUCAGUACCACAGAGGGUCUGGGCAGGAUCUGGUGGCGUCUUAGGAGGACCUGUUACCAGAUAGUAGAGCACAGCUGGUUUGAGUCCUUCAUUAUCUUCAUGAUUCUGCUGAGCAGCGGUGCGCUGGCAUUUGAAGAUAUUUACAUUGAACAAAGAAAAGUGGUCAAAGUGGUGCUUGAGUAUGCUGACAAGAUUUUUACCUACAUCUUCAUCUUGGAAAUGACCCUGAAGUGGAUUGCCUAUGGUUUUAAAAAGUACUUCACCAAUUACUGGUGCUGGCUGGAUUUUCUUAUUGUGGAUGUGUCUUUAAUAAGCCUAGUAGCCAACACCCUGGGCUAUUCCGACUUCGCUGCAAUCAAGUCACUCAGGACACUCAGGGCUCUCAGACCACUUAGAGCACUGUCCAGAUUUGAAGGCAUGAGGGUGGUGGUGAAUGCGUUGAUCGGAGCCAUCCCAUCCAUCAUGAACGUCCUGCUGGUCUGCUUGAUCUUUUGGCUCAUCUUUAGCAUCAUGGGCGUCAACUUGUUCGCAGGCAAAUUCGGCCGGUGCGUCAACCGUACGGGUUACAUUUACAAUGCUUCUGCCAUCAACAACAAGACAGAGUGUCUGGCGAUGAACGACACUCAGUACUACUGGACCAAAGUAAAGGUCAACUUUGACAACGUGGGUGCUGGUUACCUUGCACUGCUUCAAGUGGCCACUUUUAAAGGUUGGAUGGAGAUCAUGUAUGCAGCUGUCGAUUCACGAGCUGUUGAGGAGCAGCCCAUUAAAGAAAUCAACCUGUACAUGUACCUGUACUUCGUCAUUUUUAUCAUCUUUGGAUCAUUCUUCACCCUAAAUCUUUUCAUUGGCGUCAUCAUCGAUAACUUCAACCAACAGAAAAGAAAGAUAAGUGGGCAAGAUAUCUUCAUGACUGAAGAACAGAAAAAGUACUACAAUGCAAUGAAGAAACUAGGAUCUAAGAAACCACAGAAGCCCAUCCCAAGGCCACUGAACCCAAUCCAAGGAUUCUUUUUCGACAUGGUGUCAAAGCAAGCCUUUGACAUCAUGAUAAUGAUGUUGAUCCUCCUCAACAUGAUUACCAUGAUGGUGGAGACAGACGAACAGUUGCCCAGUAUGGAGUUGAUCCUCAAUAACAUUAACCUGGCUUUCAUCAUCAUCUUCACCACCGAGUGCAUUAUCAAGAUCAUCGCACUCCGCUGCUACUUCUUCACCGUGGGCUGGAACAUCUUUGAUUUUGUGGUGGUCAUCCUCUCUAUUGUAGGUAUUGUUCUUGCUGAUAUCAUCGAAAAGUACUUUGUGUCGCCUACACUUUUCCGAGUCAUUCGUCUGGCCCGAAUAGGACGAGUUCUUCGACUCAUUCGUGGAGCCAAAGGAAUCAGAACUUUACUCUUUGCCUUAAUGAUGUCCUUGCCUGCACUCUUCAACAUCGGCCUCCUGCUCUUCCUGGUCAUGUUUAUCUACGCUAUUUUCGGCAUGGCCAACUUCGCCUACGUGAAGAAGCAGGGCGGCAUUGAUGACAUGUUCAACUUUGAGACAUUUGGCAACAGCAUGAUCUGCCUCUUCCAGAUCACCACUUCGGCCGGCUGGGACAACCUGCUCAACCCGAUCCUGAACAACUCACCGGAGGAGUGCGACCCCAACAUCCCACACACGGGCACCAGCACCAGGGGCAACUGCGGGAACCCCUCGGUCGGCAUUACGUUCUUUGUCACUUACAUCAUCAUCUCCUUCCUCAUUGUGGUCAACAUGUACAUCGCCAUUAUCCUUGAAAACUUCAGUGUGGCUACAGAGGAGAGCACAGAGCCACUGAGCGAGGACGAUUUUGAGAUGUUUUAUGAGGUUUGGGAGAAGUUUGAUCCGGAGGCGACACAGUUCAUCGAGUACUACAAACUCUCAGACUUUGCGGACACCCUGUUAGAGCCACUACGUAUUCCUAAACCCAAUAAGAUUAAGCUCAUUUCUAUGGACCUACCCAUGGUGAGUGGUGACAAGAUCCACUGCCUGGACAUCCUAUUUGCGUUCACCAAACGGGUGCUGGGUGAGUCAGGCGAAAUGGACGCUCUGAAGCAGCAAAUGGAGGAAAAGUUCAUGAUGGCAAACCCCUCCAAAAUCUCGUAUGAACCCAUUACCACCACCCUUCGGCGCAAGCAGGAGGAGGUGUCCGCUGUGAUCAUCCAGCGGGCCUACAGAAGGCACCUCGUACGGAGGCAGCUGAAACAGGCUUCUUUUCUGUACCGUCAGAUCAACAUGGAAGGGGCAGCUGAAGGGGCAGAGAACCCUCCAGAAAAGGAAGGACUCAUAGCCUCCAUGCUCAAGGAGAACUACGGACCCGAAACAGAGAUAGUGGAGACUGUGUCCUCCACCUCCUCGCCGCCGUCUUACGACAGCGUGACCAGAGCCACUAGUGAGCUUUUUCAAGCUCUGACUCCCGAGGCCAGGAACAAUAACCUCAGCAAACCCUUCCCUAGCCCUGACAGAGACCUCAGCAAAUCCUUCCCUACCCCUGACAGAGACCGCGAGACGUUUCUGUAA